CCUCUUGAGAUAAAUGACAACAUUGCAUUCGCUUUCUUAAUCAUGGGCUCAACCUGCACGGACUCAUUUACACAUACAUAACACUUGACACUGGCCCCUCUUCCUCAGAGCCAUGUCCCAGAGUGAACAGGAUGUCUGACACUCUUGUUUAUAUCUAACAGCCAGGAGUCCUUGAUUCGACUAUGUUAACAACCCCAAGCAGGGAAUUCAUAUUCUAUGAGGUCCAACUGGCUGACCUCCUUGCAAUCACUUCAGACUGAACCACCUGGCUUCAAUUCUGAACAAGAGGCUUUUGAUUUGAAACAAUAACACAGUUUCUCUCUCUACAGAUUUGCUGAGUUUCUUUGGAACCUUCUGUUUUGAUUUCAGAUCUCCAACAACUGCGGUAUUUUGCUUUCCCUGGAAAGAGAGGACUGAAUGGUGACCUAAUAGAGAUUUCGAAAAUUCUGACAGAAUUUGAUGGGGGAGAGGUAGAGAAGUACUCUACAUGUGGAAGAAACCAUAAAAUGACAUAGACAAUAAUAAAUCUAAUAAUGAGUUCAUAAGAGCCCCUAUAGAAUGCUUAGAAAGUAAAAAAAAAACUUGCUGCUACAAGGUGCAUUUUAGGCUGAUUUCUUUUAAAUAAAAGGUAGAUAAGUAAGAAAGGAGGAAUUGAAGAUAGGUUUAUAGCGUAGAAAGAAAAUCCUGAACAGUCUGUUUCUGGGUUGUAACUCCGUAACCAUCUCAAAUUGAUACACCUCACUUUCCACUUUGGAUGGUGACCUUUUACUGCCUGGUGACCUGUUCAUCCUCGUAAUCUCACAUAAACGCGCACAAACUAGUUUUGAAUGGCCAGUAAAAUAGGAUUUUAAAAAAUGAUCACAACAAAAUAAUACCGCAGCAGUCACACGCCGAGAAUUCCCAAUUAUCUCUUCCCAAAGUCGCAGCAACAUCUCCAGCAGCCAUUUCACGGCAGGCGUUAACAAGCAGCGAAUGGAACACAGUUACACGGGGAAAUAACAGUUCUGAAGGCAGAGAGAGGCCGAUCCAAAGGGGCAGACACACGCGAGACAGUGGGAGUUGGACUGCAAAGAAUGGCAAGGGGAGAAAUUGGGGACCGAUUGGCCACAAUCACUUCUGAGUGAAAAUGAAAUGAAAUCAAGAGCCAGUGCACCUGAUUGCAGGAAGCUCCUGCCAGACGGCGAAGGCACUACCUUAAUCGGAUGAGAAGGAGAUUUAUUUAUUCUCUCUCUGUCUCCCUCUCUCUUCAUUUCGCCUGCAUGCAACGUGUGGAGGGAUUCGAGAAGCUGCUGUCCUUUCAGAAACUUCUCAUUUCUAGAAUACCGUGUAGGUGGGGAGGGAUCAGACAAACAAUAAUCAUUGCAAGGCUUCUGAAGACUUGUAGGUAUUCCGGAUCGCCCUCCCACCCGGCUCCAGAAACGAGUCUCAUUUUAGAAUGGCUACCUACAGUCGAAGGCUAUCUGAAAAGUCCUUCCAGGAAACCCAAGACACAAUGUGUCAUAACUCUCUGGAACCAGAUUGUUUCCCGCUUUCAAAAAGUUCGUCUGCCACCCUAUUCCCCAGAAGGGACAGCAUAGAAGAAAGGCCAACAAUUAAACAGGAGCUAAGGAAGACCCUUAGUGGCUUUGUCUCUCCAUUGAGCUCAGGUGAAACCGAUAUGUGGUGCCCUUAUCACCCGAAUUGUUUCACACCACAAAAUAAUUUCACUGUGAUCCCCUUAUGUCGCUGCUUCCAAAUGGGAACCAUCCCUGACGCUGAUCGUGCUGCUGAUCUCCCAAUACUCCAGGAAAAUUUGAAAAUUCACAGCAACAGCCACAGAAGCAUGAACUUCUCCAUGAAAAGGGAAGCAGACGCAAUGUUAGGUGCAGACUCAAACCUGGGAAAAUUGCAAGCCAAGGUGAUGCACAGAAGUUGCUCAGACAUCAUUUGUGAUUACAGGGAGAGCUGUUGUCUGGCUGAUACUGUGCAUAGUAAGACUGCUGGUGCAUAUCAGGCUCCUGUGUCAGGCAGAGACUAUGGUAUACCUUCUCCAGGUGAAAUGACAUCUAACGAAUGUAACCAGAAGAUUGUGAUCAAUAUAUCAGAGAGUGAAAUCGACAUUAGGCAUCAAGAAAAUGACAGGGAAAAUACAACUGUUGCAGAGUUCCAAGCCAAUAGUAUAGUGAAUGACAUAUGCAGUCCCAUGCAUCAGGGCCAUUUCAUGUUUUCACAGAACUCUCCCAAUUGCCCAAGUGUCAAGGUUGACCAGGAGUCUGGUAAACAUUAUCAAGGCAAUAAGGUGACAGAAAAUGAGACAAUUUCCUCGGGUCAGAGUAACAUUACAUAUCGGGAAGGAGUUGCCACACAUCAAAAUAGUUUAAUGGGUAAUCAAACAUGCACAGGACACCAAAGCCACUUGAUGUCUGGUUUGACGAUUCAAGACACUACUCCUGCUUAUUGUCAUUCACUGCCAAUCCCUGCUAUUCAUCUCUUUCCGAGACUAGUCAGUUCCGUCAGUGAAUCUGGAAGAGGAACUGUUGUUGAUGCAUGUUGUCAUCCACUGCCAGUUUCGGGGAUUCUGGCAUUCCCAAGGUUGGUGUCUUCAGUGAGUGAAUCAGGGUUGGAUACAAGACAUCUUCUGAAAUGCCACGGAACACUGGAAAAUGAAGCUGUCCAUGCUGCAACUGAUAGGAGUUCUCACAACACUUUCGAUAGGAAUAAAGUGGAACUUGAAAAGUUUACUCCCCCCUUAUUUCCAAGCAAUCCAAAUAAUGAUGCGCAUGUGAGAACACAAGACAUGUGGACUAUGACAACUGACCUGACCCUUCGAUACCAUCAUCAACUGGAACAUAAAGAUGCAGGAGUACAGACCUCCUUGGCAGUUGACUGCAGGUCAGUAGGCACUAGCCCCCUGUCUCCAACUGACAGUUGCCUAGUUCAUAUGUUCCCAGAGGUUAACCUUGAAGAGAAUCAGCUAAUCCAGGAAUCUCCAGUCCGGGAAGUGAAAUGGGAUGACAAAGGGAUGACGUGGGAAGUCUAUGGAGCCUCUGUUGAUCCUGAGGUCCUUGGGCUGGCAAUCCAGAAACAUCUGGAAAUUCAGAUAGAACAACAUGAAAGGGACAAGAUGUCAACAGCUGAAAAGACGGUGAAGCAGUUGGAUGUUCAUGAUGAUGGAACACGUGUGGUGGAACACCGAGUGAAAGAGAAAAGACACUUGCCAGGUUUUAGGAAUAUGAUGUCUACUUUAAGGCAUCCAACAUGCUGUGUGCGUUCCAGUGCUGCAAUAGACUGAAUAGCUUUACCCACUGGAAAAGUGUAGAUCACAUAAUUGUUGGAUGUCCCAGCGGUAUUCCCAAGACAUAAAAACAGUUCUGGCUUUUCCCUUAAUUUAAUGUUGACCCAUAAAUGUCAAAACUCAUUAUUUAGUAAAUGUUUAUUUAUAAUACACUAACUAUUCUUUAAAAAUAUUUAACAGGGUAGCUAAAUAAUAAACUGUGGAGAGGUUAGGGACAUCAGAAAAUGUAAGACAAUUUUUCCAGUAGAUUAUAAGCUACUAAUAAAAAGGUGAGGUUUCAGUACAUGUGUGGGUGCAAACACAGGGUGCUCAGGUAGGGGAGGAUAAAGACAAUGGUAAAAUGAUUGUAACAGUAUCGGUGAUGGGGACAAAAUGACAUGUUUUGCAUUAUGCUUUUAACCGUCUUGUUUUUGCUGCAUUGAAGAAUAUUAACUUUUGACAAAUUUGUGAUUCUUGUCAAAUAUGUGGUGAGGUGAACCAGUUAAUUAAUUGAAAGUGUAACAGUGAACCAAAGGUAAUGAUGAAAACUGAGGCAAGACAGCUAGAUGAUUGAUAUUAGUUUCCAGGUUUAGCUGGUCAUCUUGUAAAUGGUACCCCUAUAGACGCAGAAUUAUAAUGAAACAGCACCAAAGAGGGAGAUUCAGCCCAAUGUGCCUGUACUGGCUCUUUAGUAGAGCUAUCUAAUUUGUUUCACUAGAUUGCAAUUUCCCCAUGGCCUUGUAAUUCUUUCCUUUUUAAGUAUAAUUUUUUUUCAUGUCACUACUGGAUCUGCAUCCCAAUACUUUCAGGCAAUGUAUUUAAGAUCACAGCAAUUUACUAUCAAACAAAUGGUUCAGUCAUAUCCUCUCUGGUUCUUUUGUCAAUCAUCUUAGACCCUGUACCCCUAGUUACUGACCCUUCUGCCAUUGGAAACUGUUUCUCUGUUUGUACCCCAUCAUAACCAUUCAUGAAAUUGAACACCUCGAUCCAAUUUCCUUUUCAGCUUAGAUAAAAUCAAGAAUUGCAGAUACUGGAGAUCUGAAGCAAAAAAUAGAAGGUUGU